AUAUCGAGGUUGAAAUAUCAAUAAGACUCUGAAAGUCUAGUAAAUGACAAUGUUUCUGAAAAUGAAUUCCGGUGAAGUCAAAUUGAUUCUGAGACCAAGCCCUUUGUUUUGGGCUUACAAAAAUACGAAUAAAUGUAACAUUGUGCGAAAACAACAGGUAAUGUGAUGUAUAUAAAUCUUUGUCGUACGAAAUAUACUUCUUCUAAAUAUCUAUCAGCAAAAUAAAUCUUGCUCGACAAUAGAAAGUCGUUUUGGGUGCUGGGAGGAAAAUAAUUUUGGAAAUAAGGCUUGUACCAGGGAUUUAGAAAAUACCAAAGUACUAUCUUCUUGAUUGUAAAGCUUGUGAUUCGUUUGGGGUUUUCGUUUUGCUGUAUAAUACACGGUCUUUAUACAGCAUACUAUCAAUUAACACGAUUCCUAUUGCAGUGUUACUCACGUGAUUGAUACAUUAUCUGUCUCCUUGACCUCUCAAUAAUUUGGAGAACGCGUUUCCGUACACAUAAAAUAGCAUUCUUCUUUUCUGGUUUAUUGAUCAACACAUAUUCUAUUUUUGAUUUGUUGUUAUUUUGUUUUUGUUGUUCAAUAGCAGGAUGUAAUAUUUAUAAUUAUGGUCUGAAAUAGACUCGAGGAUAGUUGACACAAGGAAAUAUCUACGCAAUUAAAUUUAGAAACCGAGGAAAUUGAUAUAAUCGUAUUUGCUUUUACGCUAGUACUUGUAUAUUUUUGAAUUACUAAUUAAUAUAACAUAUCCUGGGAAUGAGAAUUCGAUGAUUUGAAAUCUUUUACAAUAAAAUAAUCAUGCAGUAUAUUGGUGUGUGUGCAAUAUUUGUUCUCUGUGCACAUGUACAAUUUACCAUUUGUAGAUCAAAGGACUGUGAGAAUGGGAAAUGCUGUUCAGGCUACAAAUGGAAUGCUACAACUGACAUGUGUGUUGAAUGUGACAUCGGAUAUUAUGGACCUAAUUGUUCACUAAAAUGUCCAUUUCCCUUCUUUGGAUCAAGAUGCAAUUCUACGUGCACAUGUUCAAAUGAGAGUUGCCAUUUUGCAAAUGGAUGUGCAGACGUUAUUAGAUCUACAGUUAUAGCAAACGAAUCACAAGAGAGAGACGUCAAGCACAGGUCCACACCAGCUAUAAAUCCCACAACAAAGAAGAGGGUUACAAAACGAAAAGAUGUGAGACCACAAAUCCAUGGACACGGGGGUAGUGUAUUACGAACUAGCAUUUUUCUUGUCUUUGGAUUGUUUUCCGUAACCUUGAUCUGUUACCUCUUAACAUAUAGCAGAUACAGUAAGCUGCUUUGCGCCAAAUCUUUUUCCACAACAGCAGAUAUGCAUCCUUUGGAGAUACUAGAGAUCAAUGAGGAAGAGGAUUAAUCUUUUUGUCCAUCUACAAUAUGGAAAUCACUUUAACAAUAUCAUAUAUUACUAAUUAUUACGUGGUUGCAACCGUGCAACCGAUUCCAAUGUCAUUUUGGUUGCUAAAUAAUUGACCUUGACCUAUUUGCCGAAGUUUUGAAAUAGCAACACCCUUACCUUAAUUUUCAAUCAAUGAGUUUAUUAGAAUGAAAAAAAGAGUUUAUGUUCAUCUGGUGGUUUGCAGAAUUGUAAAUAUCAUCUUACUAGAAAAUAUAUAGCAAACUACAUGCUCAGUAUAAUGAUCUUAUAUGAAAACACAACCUAUUGUUAAGUUGAAUGUUGCCGGACGUGUUUUAUAACAAUUUUAAACCGUUCUUUACAUAUACAUGUUGACUGGAUUACUCUAUGUUGGCCUGAUCAACAUGUCCGGUUCAUGGCGGGUGUGAUCAGUCAUCAGGGGACCCUUGCUCAUCGUAGACACCCGAUCCCACCCCUGGUGAAUCCAGGGGUCCGUGUUCUCAUUAUGAUUCUUUAUUUAUUCCACAUAAAAUUCUGAAAAUCAUCAUUAUUGGUGAUCUUCACUUAUUCAUCAAAUCUAUUGAUAAAUACAGAUGAACGGAAAUUUUGAGCGAUAGCUUUAUAGAAGAAACAUUGUUGUAUAGCUUUUGUCACGUUACUGAAAAAAAUACCCCCCCCCCCCAAAAAAAAAACACCAACCAACGAAUGAAGUCAAAAUCGAUCUUCAUAAUAAUAACACUAAUGCUUAUACUAGUACUACUACAACUAUUGUUGUACAACUACAACUAGAACAACUGCUACUACUGUUUUUAUUAUCAUUACUACUAUUACUACUGCUAAUGUCGAUAAUAAAAACAAACAAGAAAGAAACCAUGGUAAUGUGAAUUUAAAAGACAGCUUUUCACAUAUGAAACUAAAAUUUAUCAUCUAAAGAGUGUGGGAGUAAUUUAAUUUUUGUUUAUAUAAUUGGCAUUAUAAACAAUAUGCAAAAUAAAUCUGAUUUACAAUUUAGUUAAGAGCUCCAAUUUCAAUCAAUUAUUUGAAUGACUUUAAUUCUGGGGCAUUUUGUACGAGUAUAACCUGGUUUGGGUCAGUUUAAGCUUUGAGGAUUAUAAAACAGCAUAAAGUGAUCCAAACCAGGUUCUACUCAUAUACUAUGUCCCAGAUUUAAAGUUAUCCCUUAUAAGUUAAUGCGAUAUACAUAGAUACAACCCGUCGUUUAUCAAAAUGUACAUAAAAUCUGAAAAAAAUAAGUCAACUGAGCCGCGCAAUGAUUCGCUUAAUAACCACGACGGAGUGUGGGCAGCCAUUUUAGUUCUACGGAGCCUAUUUAUCAAAAUAUUGUAAACUGCUAAACUACUAAAGGUAGUUAUUAAGGGUUAACUUUGAAGUUUGUCAUGGCAGAAUAUAUGUAUAGGCUAUGAAUGCAAUGCGUAAUUUGCUGCCCGUUUGCAUUGUGAGGCCUACCCAAAAUAUUAAAAAUAAGUCUUAAAAUAUCAGAAAAUAGAAUAAUCUGCGGCUUUUAAGUCUGAAAAUUUCUAGUACGUGAAAACUUACAUUUGUAUGCA